AUGAACCGCCUCGCCAACCAGGAUGAGCUCGUCUUUAGCAUCAAGGACCUGCAACGGGAGGGCACCAAGAAGCUGUCCAAGACGGUGGCAGAGUACUACAACGAGGGUUCCAUGGACCUCCUUACCUUGAACGACAACACCAUGGCCUUUGACCGCGUCCGCCUCCGUCCCCGUGUCUGCGUUGAUGUGUCGGAGAUUGACACCUCGACGAAAUGCUUUGGCGCAAAGGUGGCCAUGCCGCUUGGAUUUUCGCCAGCGGCAAUGCACAAGCUCGCUCACCCUGAGGGAGAGCUUGCAACCUCGCGGGCAGCGGCCAAGGCGGGCUGUAACAUGAUCCUGUCCACCUGGGCAACGACACACAUCAGCGACGUUGUCAAGGAGGGUGAAGGCUACGGCAAUGCGUACGGCAUGCAGCUCAGCAUGGUUGAGGACUGGCAGACAAACAUCGACGUGGUGCGGAACGCGGAGAAGGCCGGCUGCAAGGCCCUUUUCCUCACGGUCGACUGCGCAGUGCUGGGACGCCGCCUCAACGAGUACCGCAACGGCUUCUCCCUCCCAAAGCACCUUCAGUUCCCCAACCUCCCCGAGGGCAUCGACCCCCACUGCAGCACUGUUUACGACCCUCGUAGGGCAUACGACCGCUCCUUCACAUGGGAGAAGGUCAAGCGCCUCGUGGCAUCCACCACGAUGCAGGUCUACCUGAAAGGCAUCUUGACCGCCGAGGACGCGAUCCUUGCCGCCGAUUGUGGUGCCCACGGUAUUGUCGUCUCCAACCACGGCGGACGUCAGCUUGAUGGCGCCAUGUCCACCCUGGACGCUCUUGAGGAGAUUGUAGCGGCUGUCAAGGGACGCAUCCAGAUCCACCUGGACGGCGGUAUCCGCCGCGGCAGUGACAUCUUCAAGGCCAUUGCGCUCGGAGCUGACCACUGCUGGGUGGGACGCAUCCCCAUUUGGGGCCUGGCUUACGACGGCGAGCGCGGUGUCACUCUUGGCCUCAACCUUCUGCAAGAGGAGCUUACCCUCACCAUGGCCCUGUGUGGCUGCAGCAAGCUCAGCGACAUUACACCUGGGCACCUUGCCCGCCUGCGUGCCAACGGUCUGUUUGCCAAGUUGUGA